AUGAGCGAAAGAAAAACAGAACUUAGAACUCAAGAUGUAGCCUUGAAAUUGAAUAGAUUAUUCCCGGACAGUCAUGGACAAUCUCCUAGGGAUGUAGUGAAAGUAGUGAAAGAAUCGUAUCAGUAUAUAUAUAGCGGACUUUCCCAAAUCAAAUCAUCAGUUGAUUCACUUAAUCACAGCCUUGUACAUCUACCUAAACAUUGUACAAUGAAUAAUUUUUUGUGUGUAUCAUUCUUAGUGGCUAUCGCAACCGUAAAUGCCGGCUUCGCAGGCAGUUACGGAGGUCAUGAAGGUUAUGGUGGAGAUGGAGGUGGACACGAUAUUUCCCAUACUGUAGAAAUAACAAAGCACGUACCUAUUCCUGUUUACAAACAUGAAGCAGUGCCAAUUCCACACACUAUCCCUGUGCCAAUUCCAAAACCAGUUGCUGUACCCGUUCCUCAACCCUAUCCUGUUCACGUGAAAGUACCCCAGCCUGUUGCAGUGCCUGUUAUCAAGACUAUCACUAUUCCCGUUGAGAAACCAGUACCUUACAAAGUAGAAAAAGAAAUUCCGUACCACGUUGAGAAGCCAGUACCAGUUCCAGUAGAAAAACACGUACCCAUCAAGAUCCCCAAGCCAGUACCCGUCAAGGUACCAGUAUACAAAGUAGUCUACCAUCAUAGCAAACACUAAGUGAAAGA